UCUAAUAUUUCCUUAUCAUGAAAAAUGGCCUAAGGUUCCACUGAACUCACCACCCUUCUCUCUCUUUCUCUCUCCAACUCAGACCAACAAUGGCGGGAAUAGCAACCAUCAAGCUCUCCCAAUCUCCUUCCAUUCGCCCAUCAUCCGCUUCAUUUUCAUCCAACCCAUCUUUGAAAGGCCUCAAACACUCCGUUGCACUACCCCGCCGCACUAGAUUCUCUAAGAUUUAUGCUUUGAGUAGCAAUGACAUUAAGGUGGGUACUAGUCUUGAGGUGGAUGGAGCUCCUUGGAAAGUCUUAGAGUUUCUUCAUGUGAAACCAGGAAAAGGGGCUGCUUUUGUGAGGACUAAAAUGCGUAACUACGUGACGGGGAACACAGUUGAGAAGACCUUUAGAGCUGGAGUCUCGAUACCUGAAGCAAAUGUAGUCAAGGAAACAAAACAAUUCACAUACAAAGAUGGAAGUGUUUAUGUCUUCAUGGAUUUGGUAACAUAUGAGGAAUUCCGGCUCAGUGAGAAAGAGGCUGGUGAUAACACCAAGUGGCUGAAAGAGGGCAUGGAAGUCAAUCUGCAGUUUUGGAAUGGAAAAGCAAUUGAUCUUGAGUUGCCCAUCAUUGUGAAGCUCACUGUUGUUGACACUGAACCUGGUAUUAAGGGGGAUUCAGCUCAAGGUAGUACAAAACCAGCAACAGUUGACACUGGAGCAAUUAUUAACGUACCGUUGUUCAUCAAUAUCGGUGAUAAUAUUAUGAUUGAUACAAGAACAGGGCAGUAUUCUAGUCGUUCAUAAUUAGUGUUUCAAACAUAUAUCGGCACUAAUGUAACUCAAUACUUGGGAGUUUUUGUUGUAUUUAUGUGCAUAUUACUUGGACUCUCUGUUCUGUAAAUCAGAGGUUAGGGUUGUGUUCCUGAUGCUGUUGAGAUAGACAAUGUAUGUCACGGGAAUCAGUUGGGAUUAUUUUUUGUAGAAAUGUUGAAAUGAUUAAUGCAGAAACUAUCUAAUGUAUUUUACGUUUAUUGUUUCUUCCUCCGA